CAUUGAACCUCAUUCAGGCUUCAGUAUUUAUGGACUCGUCGACGAGUACCAGUCGUUUAGACGGUGACGAAAGACACCAAGUGCAAAGCAACAAAAACUCCUCGGGAAAAAUUAGGACCACGGCAUCAAGGCCUCGCAUGGAACAUUACCAAUUAGUACAAAAUCAGUCUUCGAAGCAUUGGUUAAUUCAUAUUUUACUCCUUGACUGCUGAUUGUCUAAUUGAGAUCCUUUCAAUGCAAAUUUCGCGGGAGGGCUGCCGACCUUUUGAGACCAAACCAUUCUCCACUUCGCGAAGCGCCGACAUUCUAACUAAAUCUGGAGCCUAGUUCCAACGAAAACAAUCGCUUUCACGGGAAGAAGCCACAUGCACUACCUGCGUACCACGCUACCACAUAAAUGAGGCUCGCUGUCAUUACGUUAUCUUCUCUGGGUCCAUUAACCUUUCCCAGAGCUCUUCUCGGCAAGCAAAGAUGAACGUUUCACGGCCAAUGAUUUGUCUAGGCCCUAUUCCUCGACUCAUAUCAAUUCACCUAUCAUCAUGCUGGUACUAGCCGCGUCUCAAUGUCUGCUCUUUACAAAGACUGCGGGAUUUAAUCAAGAAAGGAAUGAGGAGGAAUCGGGAAAGCUGUCGUCAAAAAUAACUCAGGAAAUCCAGCCCAAAGGACACUUUCAUUAAGAAUUCAUUUUUCCGAAACUUUGCUUUUACCCUUGGGGUUAAGAACGACCUCACAGUCUUUAUCGAUAGCUUUCAGUAUUUUUCCCCCAAGAGAUAUUCCAGAGCCCCCCUGGACCAAAGACGGCUUUUAUCUUAUCCAAGCUCCAUACAUCUGACGACAAGAAACCAAUUUUGUACAACCAAUAUAUAUUCGUGGAAAUUCGAGGCAAUCGCUUUGCAUGCACCAGAAUCUACUCGGCCUAACUGGUUGCAAAUUGAAAGAGGAUUCUCGUUUGCGGAAAGGACCAUGGCUAAGGCUGCCUCAUUCCGAGACAUUCUAAACUCUUCUAUCUCACCGCAAAUAGGAGUCAUAUGUGUUCCCAAUGCCUCUGGGGAGGGCUUUCAAACCGAUUUGACCUACUUGAGUGAUACCGGGGAAGUUUUGGAGUACCCACCUUUCCCCCCACGUGUUUCUGGAACACAAAUUCGUGUGAAAGAGUUAGUUUUGAUCUGCUUAGCGCUGCUCCUACUCAUCUGCUCCAUUCUACUAUUUUUCAAGCAUUGGAAAAAGAACUACAGGGACAUCAACCAACUGCCGUAUUAUGCAUACUUGUACCAGAAAGAUCCCGAGGAUUUCAUUGAUCCCCUGCUUCCUCCUGUGAGUGUUCCGCCUCUGUCCCCAGUCCCUCCCAUCUUGCCUCCCACCACGUCCUCCAUCGACUUCAUGAGGACGCUAAGAGGAAAGUCGUGCGAUAACAUGUCUUCGUUUGCUUUUGACGAUCUGGGGACAUCAUUCGCCAAGGAUAUUCCACCCAGCUCCUCAACGUCAACAAGUCGAAAGUUCAACAUGUCACGUUCCCAUUCGGUUCGGGCCGGAUCCGGAAAUGGUGCUGGUCAUCACAUCAAACUCAGCAACUUGGUGAUGGCGGCUCAUCAAAAGUCCAAAACCCUCUCUCGAACGGGCACUGAGCCAGCUCUUUGGGGCCCAUCGGGAAAGUUGUCGGCAGGAUGUGGAAAUCCCCGCUCAAGUUCGAAUUUUGUGCCUGGCUCGCCAAGUUCGGGAGGUCGAUGUCGUCCUGCACGAAUGAUGCCCCCCAAAAGAGCUGCUUCCGAUGUCCAUGUUCGUUUUAAUAACUGCAAAUUGGAUUUGAUGCGACGCAUCCAAACUGGGCCCGAGCUACCUGAAGAAGGCAAUGGAACCAGUUUUUGCUCUCCAUCUGUCCACGCAGAAGGUAACCACGAGCCAUUCGAAUCCCCCAAAACGAGUCGACUCCCCAGUCAGCCGAGAACUUUGUCCAAACUCGUCACAACUUCCUCCUUAAACUCAUUCAAACGCUAUUCUGAUCCUGGCGCCGGCCACGAUGAAAAUGAACCCACGGACUUGGAGCUUGAGAGCGAGCCGGAAACUAGGCUGAAGGCCAUCUCCCCCGUGCCUCCUAUGUCUAAUCAAGUCAAACAACAAGACUCCCCAAGUGGGUGCUCAAAAAGUUUUGCCAUUGAAUUGGGCCCGCUCAACGCCAGGUCCAAAAGGAAAUUGACGGAUAUGAGCAGUUUUCACUCUCCCGCCGUGGAAGACCCCUUGCCCCUUCAAACAUGGAUUCAUCACUCGGCUGGCUCUGGAAAUCAGCCUACCAGUACAUCAAGCAAGAAGGCCACGGUGGUAUGAAUCUAUCUGACACAAGUGCAACGAGCGUACUCGCUCUACUGUCUCCUGCACUUCUCAUCGCCGUAUUUCAAAGGAUUAGCACAAAUUGGUUGUCACAAGUUUGCAGCCUCUAGCUUGGAGUUCCAAAUUGUUAGCUUCCAGCGCUCGUUAUUUUUGACUUAGAUAACGGGCACGUAAAAUUUACAUUCCUAGGAUGUGCGCUAUGUGCGAAUGUUCAUACUAUUUUCGUCCAUUGGGAUCCUCCAAGUCUGUGGUUAUUACUAAUGUAAUGGUUCCAAUGUAAUAUUAUGAAGACAUAAAAGGAAGUACUUUAAGCAAAUACCUUUUCAAGACAUGUGAGCGUAAAGAAGGGUUGAACAGUUUUGCCUCUUACUCAGGAUUGAAUUUUUCUAUUUUUGUUGCCAUGCUAUUGUUGAAAAUGACAAUAAAAGUUACCACGAUUA